AUGCAGUUGGUUCUCGUCGUCACCAUGUGUGGUCAUGCUGGAUGCCAUAUCAUUGACCUAUCCAGCACCAAGGUUUAUAAGCCACUGGGUGAAAAUGUCGACUGCACUUUCUAUUACAGCAAAAAGCCAUGUUUCCAAUGCAUUUAUUCAAGGAAAUAUGCCUUAAAUGCACACCACAAAUGGGUCAAAGUCCAAUCGCCGCCGAGCUUGGGCGAUGAACAAUACAUGAACGAUGCUGCUGAGGGUAACAAUACCGAGAAGCAGAAGAACGCCGACUAUUAUAACGUUGCGAGGCGUUUCAAGACAACAGGUAAUGCUUUGCGACGGGUUUUGAGCAAAUUGGACUCUGCUAUCAAAAGCCUAAAGCGAGAAUGA